AUGUCAUAUGUUGACAGUCAGAGCGUUUUCAAAGCAAGAUGUGAUGAGAUCAAGAUCUCAACAGAAACGUAUGAGCGCUGCAAAGAAAGGAUAACUGAUGAUGAUUUUGAUACCAAAGUUGCAGUGCCUCUCCUGGGCAGUUCAAAUGCUCCGGAAUCAGCUUUGCUACGUCGUUUGCUUUUUGAGUCUUACACCCUGACUGCAACUGAGCUGAAACGCAAAGCAGACAAUACAGAGAGUGAUGCGCCGAAGAAGCUCCCCAUACAGGAGAUAGCGGCCAGAUUCACUGCGAUCGAGAAGAAGCUGCAACCUUUGAAGAUUGAGAGUGUGCUUGAACCAAGCCAUGCGUUAGUGAACGCGCUGGCGCAAUGUGCAGACGAUGGUCGCUUGAGAUACAUUGAAUGGUCUCGUUGCACAUCGAGGUCAUCUGAGGUGAACAAUGUCAAAGAGCAACAGAGCCUUAAGGUGAUGAACGCCAUGCGGAGACGUGGAAUCGCAUAUGAGCUGGCUAACCUCAUGAGUUUCGAGAAGCAUGAGUUGAUAGUCAGCAUGUUGUUCGCGGAGUUACAAAGGGAGCCAAUGGAUGGGUUCAGGAAGUUGUCAAUGAGCCAACUUGCAGCUGCAGACAGGGAGAUCCACCUGAAGCUGUCAGAGAAGACCCGAGCGGGAUUGCCGCUUGGGCCAUCGGGUGAACUACCCCUGGACGUCCAUGUUGAAGCUGUUUUGGAGAUGCCAGCCAUCAUGUGGCUGCUGAUGCAGAAACCGAAGACCAAUGCAGCAGCGGACAAACCACAGGCUGCUGGCAAUCCUCAGCCGAAGCCAAAGAACAAGCCAUGGUCACCACCGAAAGGUGGCAAGUUCGACAAGAAGGGCCGCCGUUUGUCAAAGACACCAAUGCCAGCCCAACUACGAGGUCAACCAAAGAGUGGUACAAGCGAAGUCGAAAAGCCGGCUUCUGGUUCCGUUGUUGCGAAGGCAGCACCGGGGAUUUUUCCUUCAGUGGAUAUCAUCCAGGACGAACCUGUGUCCCACUUUGCAGUCGAAGGAGUUUGUGCUCAGUUCCGUACACAAGGUGGAAGGGCCUUAGGUGUUGAUCACCACCUGAAACGCGCCAAACUGAAAGCAGCGGCUGUCCAACUGGAUUUGACCCAGCAGUGGGUGCAGGAUCUCAUUGUGAGAGAGAUCAGGAACAUCCCGAUAAAGAGGAAACUUGUGAAGCGAGGUGCGGCAUUCGAAGUUCGGGCCAGCAUGUCCAACUCCCUUGUGGUGCUCGAGAAGCUCCACUUUCCAGAUCUCCCACCAGAGACGCCAACGUCAUGGCCCCAGCCACUGGGGGCCCUGCUGGACCCACGCUUUCGUGAGCAUCGUGGAAAAUUUGGCCCCGCCCUGAGGGCACUCAAUGAAUUUCUGGACUGGUUUCGUCUUCACUAUGACACGGAUUUGCACAGCGAUACAUACAGUAUGUUGCAAGACACCAUGCUCCUGCUGCAGUCUUGUCAAGCGCUCAUCGAGCUUGCCCGGGACGAACCAGAUGCAGCACCGGUGCCCGCUCCAUUAGCUGCUGGCCCUGCCUGUCGUGAAGCUGCAGCUUCACCUCCUGACCCGAACCAGCUCAAACAACGUUGCACUGGCGAUCACACUCAUGCUGCCUGGAAGGUAAGGCAGCUUGAAUCAGGUGACUGGGCCUUUGAUACGGCCAAAGCAGCCGAAUACCCUAACAAAUUAGCACAUGAGUUGGCUGCAUCCUUUUUGGAUGAACUGGCAAAACGUGGGGACAUCCAUUUGCAGGAUGAACUGGUUGACCAUGCAGUGAAAAUUUCAGCGGAAUCACAGCCACGUAGUACCAAAGGGCCACUUCUUCUUUCUGAGUUCAAGACGAAGGUAUCUAUUGAACGUGCGGAGGAUGACAAUCCGCCAGUGAGCAUCCCAGAGGAUGCAAAACCUCCAUGGCAAGGCAUUCCUGUGGGUGCAAAGCGACUGGAACUGCAGCCGGUUAGUGAUGGAAAAGGGGGUAGUGGCCGUCUGAAAGCAAUUUAUGGGGUAUAUUUUUCCCCUCAGGAGUUUGUGCAACGUGUGCAGCAGCUGACACACCCGUUUGAUGUUCCACUCCCAUUGGAUGAGUCAAACAUGGAGUCCAUUGCAUUCAUUUUGGAACGAGGCCCUGCUGGAGUGGCAAAGCACAGAGCUGACAUGCUUCAGCACUAUAUUGGGCGUGCCAAGGCUCUACAACAAGACGAGUUGAAACUGCACAAAACGCUGGACGAGUCAAUCCAACCAGUCAUGGCGACCAAACGCCUCUUGCUGUUCAGAGAAAUGAUGGCUGAUGCAGGUGUGGUAGACCCCUUGCUUUUUGAAGAGCUUUGCAGUGGCUUCAGACUGGUAGGUGAUUUAUCCCCAUCUGGACAAUUUCCUCCGCAGUGGAAACCUGCAGUGCUAGGGAUUGAGCAGCUGAGACAGACUGCAGUGUGGGCUCAGCGUGCAGUGGUUGGGUCGUGCAAACGGGUCCUGGAGGAUUCUGAAAUUGCUGCAGCAGUUUGGCAGGAGACAAUAGAGCAGGCAGCGGAAGACAAGCGUUGGAAGAUUGAUUUGGAGGGCAUUGACCAUAUCUGUGCAACGGCUCGCUUUUUCCUUGGAGCCAUGAGAGAAUCACAUCAGUGGCGCAUUCCUGGUGCAGACGGUGUUUCACUAAAUCCAGCGACCUGGUCGAAGCAUGCCUACAAGCAGCUGGUACGGAAUCCUUGUGACGCUUGGGCGUCGAUCCUUGCUGUGGCAAAUCCCGAGGACAACAAUGUCUACUACUUCGAAGCCAUAGCCCUUCCAUUUGGAUCUGUUUCUUCAGUUAUUGGUUUCAACCGUGCUGCAAGAGCGUUGCGGAUGAUUCUCACACGCUUGUUCAGGCUUGUGGUUACAAACUUCUUUGACGAUUUCUGUCAGAUCGAGCUUGCACCGCUAUCCAAUGGAGCUUGGCAAACAGCGGAAUUGGUGCUCAGCCUUCUUGGUUGGCGCGUCUCCAUGGGGGAUGAAAAGCGAAAGCCAUUUUCGAAACGGUUUGAGAUUUUGGGAGCCAUUGUGACCCUCCCUUCACCAGGAGAAACCACUAUAGAAGUUACGAGCAAAGAGUCCAGACUUCUGCAGUUGAAGCAACAGGUGGACCUCUAUGCGGCGGGCCACACGUACGGCAGGACAACUCAAUUGGCCUGCCAACUACUGCACAAAUUUGGAGGACAAGGACCUUCGGUUACCGUAACACCGGAGUUGGUCCACGUUGUCUCAGAGGCCCUUUCUUUGCUGAUGGAAGCCAAACCAAGACUGGUUCAGUCCUGGUCAGAAUGCCCGCCAGUAUUGUUGUUCACGGAUGGUGCGGUAGAAGACUCCUUGCAAUCAGUCACUCAUGGCGCUGUACUUGUGGACCCUUGGAAACAGAGGAGUUUUUUCAUGGGAGAUCACAUACCAGGUGAUUUCGUGAAGCUAUGGACGAGGUCUGGGAAGAAACAGGUCAUUGCCCAGGCCGAGAUCUUUCCAGUCGUUAUAGCAAAAUCGACAUGGAACCAGAUUCUGGAAGGCAGGAGCAUUUUAUGGUUCCUUGACAAUGAGAGUGCUCGGAUGUCUUUAGUGAGAAAUUUUUCGCCCAUUCUGGACAGUUUUUUUCUUGCUGAAUGCGCGUAUGGACGUUUUGGUCCAAUCCAGGAACUGGUACAGCAGAGUGCCAUCGAAAAGCAAUCCAUCGGACAGUGCCUCACGACUCCAAUUUUCGGAGUACCGAAACUCGGUCAGGUCAGUUCCUGA